UUCGCUCGUCAGGGGUGAAAACCGGUUUUUGUCCACCACUAACAGGUAAGGAAAAGCUCAUGAAUUUUUUCACCGACGGGCCGAAAAUAUACGCUGAAAUACGGGUACGUAGGCCGGUUGAUCAAUAGCGAGCAUUGAAGAUAUUACAGACCAACCUCCAAAAUAGCGAAGAAUAAAUAUUAUGAUCUCCCCAGAAUCGAAGUCUACAAUCUCCCUGAAUGUCAUCAAUUUCAUCUUCUAUGGAGGCAUAUCAUGCAUUAUACCAUUUCUCAGCGUCCAUAUGCGUUCAAUUGGAUUAACUUUAUGGCAUUCUAUAUGGGUUCACGUAGCAUCUGGUCUAAUUUGCUUAUUGAUACCUCUUUUAGUUGGUACUCUUGCAGAGAAACGAGGAAAUUCUCCGAGAAGAUAUCUCUAUAAACUUUGCUUUUCUUUAUCUCUUUUCAUAUCAAUAUUUUCAUAUACUGCAUUACUUGCAGUACCUAAAAUAAAUAGAAUUGGAAAACAACCGCAAUUGGAUUUUGAUUGCUCAUCAUCAAUGAAUGCAGUAAUCAACCUUGAAAAAUGUGCCAAUUAUGAAACGUGUUCUGAUGUCGCUUCUGCAUGGUCCGCUAACACUCGUUUCAAAUUAUCUUAUUGCCAAUUCAAGAACAAAGAAAAAGAAGACAUACGACCCUAUUCUUCAGAUUCAACAAAUCCAUUACACAUGUGUUUUCGUUCUACAGUGAACACUACAAAUUUCUGUCUUGUAUACGAUCCAGAAUUUAGAGAGAAUUCAAUUUUAGAAUUUGUUUCCGAUCUCAGAACAUGGCAAUUUACAGAAUACAGAAACGUAUCAUCCAAAGAGUUUUCCUUUACAGAAAUUCAUGGCAAUUCUCCAUCUCUCAAUGUGUGCAAUUUUGUUCCUGCAACUACAGGAACUAUUAUUAAAGUGGAUGAAAAGACGCAUGACUCAGUAUUCUGUAGACGAUCAGCAGCUGAUGAUGUCGUGGGCAUAAAAUGUCUUCUGUCAAUGCAAACUGAUGGAAAAAAGCCCAAAUGUUUCGAUGUUGUUGGAGAUUUGUCUCUUACUUUUUGGAUGUAUCUUGGAUUAAGAACUAUUGCUGAUUCAUUCUUCAUUUGUGCACUUUGUCUUCUUGAAGGAAUAACUUUACGAGUCAUACAAGCCGGAGCAUAUCAUCGUGGGGCUUAUGGUAGAACUAGAAUAUGGCCUGCAUGCUCGAUGAUUAUAUUUCCGCUCAUUAUUGGACCAUUGGUGGACUAUUUUACAAAUAUAGCGGAAACACCGGAUUACACUCCAGCCUAUUUCAUAUUUGCAGCUUGUGAAUUAGUUGUCUCUUCUCUUAUAUAUAUUUUACCAUUACCAGUUGGAGGUAAUACCUUUCGAUACACAAUUUCAAUGGAUCCCAACACAAGAACCUAUGUAGACGAACCAGAAAAAGUGGUGUCUUUGGAAAUGAUGAUAGUUUCUAUAAUAGCUGUAUUCGCAGGUGCUGCAUGGGGAGUUUGUCAGGAACUCGAUCCUCUUCUUUACGAAAACAUUGGUUUUAAUCAUCUAAUGCUUGGAGCAACACAAUCUAUCUUUUUUUUCUGCUGUAUACCAUUUCUCUGGGUUGCCAAAAAUUUACUACAAAACAUUGGAGAAGCUAGUCUUAUAUCAGCAGCAUUUGCUUUUCAUGCUAUUCAUCUAGCUGGACUCUCUUUCGUCGAGGAAUGGGACCACUGGUGGUGGGCUACACCCUUCGAAGCAAUGAAAGCUUUUACAAUACCUAUUCUUUGGCUGGCUUUAGUUGCUUCAGCAGAACAUAAUAAUUCCAAAGGAAAACGCAUCGCCAUGCAUUAUGUUCUCGCAGUUGCUCAUUUUGGCAUUGGUAAAAUGAUCGGUUGUCCAUUUGUUUUAUACUUAGAAGAGUCUUAUUCCAUGAGCAUUUCCUACAGAACAAUGUCAUGCAUCUGUAUCAUCAUAUCCAUUUCUUAUUUAAUCUUUCAUCACUGUUUUUUGAAGCCCAGACAUCGUAAAAUUAUUGCUGAGAGAUGUGCAUUGCAAAGACAAUCAAUGCAUGGUUCCUCUCUCUUACUCGUUGAACGAAUGCCUAUUAAUGGUUUAGUAAGCCCAAGAAACAACAACUGAAAACAACUAUUACUUAUUAAGUUGCUUUUAAUUCAUCCGUCUUAAGUAAAAAUAGUAUAUACUUUAUAAAGUAUGUGUUACUGUGGAACUGUGCUACUGUGAAACUGUGUGUGAAUUCUAUAAGAAAUGUAUAAGCUGAAACUUUUUUUACUAAUUCAUUAAUAAAUUCUAUUUUUUGCCGGCAAUCUUAAAAUAGGCAUUCAAUUAAAAUUAAUUUCAUCAUCCCCAAUGUUUUAAUUUCAUUCCUUUAUUUUUUUAAGGUAAAUUUGGUGCUAUUUUCUAUUGAAUAGAAAUUGAAUAGGCUAUUCAUAAUAUCUACUCUCACUGCAAAUUAAAAUGUAUUUAUAUGUUUUAAGUGCCUCUUCUUUUUGGCAUAUAAAAUUUAAAUAAUUAAAGAAGCAAACAAAUAUUUUUUUUGAAAUACCUCUUUAGGAUUCCUAAGAUUUUCAUUUUGCAAAGCAUAAAAUGUCAGAAUGUGUCUGUUCAAUAUGGAUUAAAAAGAAAAAAAGAGAGAAAGAUUCUCAAUAUGAAAUAUUAAGUGACAUUAUUUAAUAAAAGAUCCAUUUCUUUCAAACCUACUUCAAUCUUCAAACAAUUAUAUCGUCUUUUUCACUGCAUUUUUAUUUGACAUAGAACAAAUCUUUUUUUACAUGGUUAAAGGUGACUGUAGAAGAAUAUGAGUGGUUUUUCGGUUUCUGAAAACCCAUUUCAUAUUUAGAUGAG